AUGGAACAUAUUCAUGAUAUUAAUUUUCAAGAAUUUUCAAAAGAUCCAAUUGGAACAAUUGACAGAUUUAGAUGGAAGAAUGAAGUUACACCAUUUUCAAAUAUUCUCUUCCCAAUAGUAUGUUCAUUUGGUUAUUUGGCAUUAAUUUAUGGAUUACAAAUUUUUAUGAAAAAUAAAAAAGAAAUUAAAUUACAUGGAUUUGCGAUGUUUCAUAAUUUAUUCUUAUGUUUAUUAUCAUUAUUAAUGUUUUUAGGUAUUGUAAUUCCAAUGGCAAAAUAUUCAUUCCCACAUGGUUUAUACAAUAUAAUUUGUAAACCAAUUGAUAGUGGUUUAGUUCAAUUCAGUUAUUACAUUUUCUAUCUUAGUAAAGUUUAUGAAUUUAUUGAUACAAUAAUUCAAGUUUUAAGAAAGAAAAGUUUAUUAUUUUUACAUGUAUGGCAUCAUUUCAUUACAUUAUGGCUUGUUUGGGCAAACCUUAAAUAUGAUACUGGCUGUCAAUGGGUAGAUAUUUCAGCAAAUUGUUUCGUUCAUAUUGUUAUGUACUUUUAUUAUUUCCAAACUGAACGUGGAAUUAAUCCAUGGUGGAAAAAACAUAUUACAACUUGUCAAAUCAUACAAUUCAUAGUUGAUAUGAGUUCACAUUUAGCAUGGCAUUUUUAUGAUACUCAAGGUAAUCACAACUCAAAUUAUUGUUCUGGUACUUGGGCAACUUCAGCUUUUAGUGAUUUCGUAAUUUUAUCAUUCCUUGGUUUAUUCAUUCAAUUCUUUGUAAAAGCAUACAAGAAGAAAUCUUCAAUUAAAAAGAAAACAAAUUAA